AUGGAUACAAAGUUGCUCAGACUGUUGCAUGAAGUGCAAAGACAACUGGAAACCCCAAUGAAGCUGUUGGACCAAAGCCAUGGAUCUGUCAAUCCUGGCAUAUUCACGACUCAGUGGAUGUAUGAUAACUAUCGUAUUGAGCUCGAGCAGUUACGUGAACAUCUGUCCGGAGUAAUUGCGGGUAAAGUGACGCUAUCGUCAUGCUCGCCGAAUACUAUACGAUCAUGCCUCUGGGGCAUCCCGACCUUAUGCAGCGUCCCAUCAGCUAUCCUUGACCCUAUGUGCAUCAAGGAACAAUGCAUUAAUUUCCAGGAUGUCUGCGAAUUGACGGGAGGAGAUAUUUAUACGGAUGAUAUAUGGGAGAAACAACAACUCCUAGACUGGGCGAGGUCAGAUCAGCCAUCGCUGUUGACGGUUCAAGGCUGCUACGAAUCGGUCAAUCGUCUUGAGAGAUUUGCUGCAGAAGUUUGGGGAUAUCUUGACAGCAAGAAACCAACAGUCGCCAUUUUACAGUCUCUGGAUUCAGCAAAAUUCUUUAAUGGUUUUGAUGAACGAGAACUACUUCGACAAAUCGCGGUUCAGGCUUUGCAAAAAGUCUCACUCGAUCACCCAAUAUGUUUCUUGGCUGACGUGGUUCAACUAUUUUCAGAAGCUUCGACUUGCGAAGACUGGUUCAGGAUACUCGACAGAGUUUUUCAGAUGUUCCCGACCUUGUUUGUCAUUAUAACGGUUACUGUUUUGGGGGAGCGAGCGGGGAGCACGAAACCAUGGCCUAACCAACUAGAAGAACUCAUGGCAAGAGUACAAAACAGUUCUUUGACGUGCUUGAAAGUGAUACUCAUUGCAACUCAUCCAUUAUGGCCUGAAACAGAAACACCAUCGCUUAUCUGUGUUGGCCCGGCCCCCGCAAUCGAUUCAGAUGAUGGAAUGGGGGGCAUCGACAUCCCAUCAGAGCACUACCUUCCACUCAGCUUUCGGAUUGAGAACGGAAGUGGAAAAGAAAUGAUUGAGGUAACGGAAGGACCAGAGGGCGAAAUUAUAUCAGAGCAAGCAGAACAGCACACUUCUGCAUCUGAAGCACCUGAAGCAGGGAGACCGGAGUCGUUCCAGCAGAGCCCCGUUUCCUCCCACCCUCUACAAAUAGAUAUAGCAAUUCUCUGCGCAUUAACGCUUGAAGCUGAUGCUGUUGAGGCGCUUUUUGACGGUCAUUGGACUGGUGGCUACAACCGUUCAGAAGGAGAUACCAAUACGUAUACACUUGGGGUUAUCGGCCGCCAUGGCGUUGUACUGGUCCAUAUGCCUGGCAUGGGGACAACCCAUUCCGCGAAUGUGGCGACUUGCUGCAGGUCGACAUUUCCGGGAAUCUCACUGGCGUUAAUGGUAGGGAUUUGCGGAGGUGUCCCGUUUCUUCAGGACGGGACAGAGCUUUUGCUCGGCGACGUCGUCAUUAGCGAUGGACUAGUUCGCUACGACUUCGCCAGACAAUACCCAGAUGGCUGCUUGAUAAAGAACAGCGUGUCAGAGAGCGCUAGAAAGUUACCGGUGGAAAUUCUUGGGUACCUGGCCAAGCUCAAAGGACUGAAUGCUCGCAGGAGGCUUCGAGAACGAGCGACUGAAUAUCUAACUACAUUGAGUAACGUGCUUGGGGUUCUGGAUCCCGGCGUUGAGAAUGAUAUCCUUUUCGAGUCAACAUAUAGCCACAAGCACCAUCCUCCUUCUUCAUGCAACAUAUGCAUUGGCGACUCGGGUGUUUUAACUGGUAUGAUUUGUGGACAAGCCCGUUCGGCGAGCUGCAAAGAACUUAGGUGCGAUAUUGGAAGGUCUGUAGCUCGCAAACGGCGAAGGGGAGCAACUGGUAAUCAAGUGAAUCUGUAUCCGGCCGUGCACUUUGGGAAAUUCGGCUCCGGAGAUAAGGUUAUGAAGUCGGGGGAGGACCGCGACCGUAUUGCACGCAGUGAAGGAAUUAUUGCUUUCGAGAUGGAGGGGGGGGGAGGCAUGGGACAUUCUACCUUGCGUGAUUAUUAA